AUGAACGCGCCAGCAGCAUUCGAAUCAUUUCUUUUAUUCGAAGGUGACAAGAAGAUCGAGAUUGAGAAAGACACAAAAGUUCCGAAUGCCGCAGUUUUCACAAUCAAUAAAGAGGAUCACACAUUGGGAAAUAUGCUGAAAUGGUUGGUUUUCACCCGUUUUUAAAUUUUCCUUGGGUUUUCUAACGCAAAAUUUUUUGCAGCCAACUCCUUCGCGAUCCUCAAGUGCUCUUCGCCGGCUAUAAAAACCCGCAUCCAUUGGAGCACAAGAUUUUGUUGCGAGUCCAGACGACUGCCGAAUCGACACCAGCUGACGCGUUGAAUUCGGCGAUCACGGAUCUGAUUGGAGAAUUGUCGAUUUUGGAGCAUCGUUUGGAUGGAGCACUUAAGAAAUAUCAGACUGAACAUGAGAAUGAGCGUGGUUAUUGA